AUACGGAGGAGUGCGACCGACAGACAAAUUAUCAAAGCACAACGUACAGAGAGAGAGAGAGAGAGAGAGAGAGAGAGAGAGAGAGAGAGGUUUUUGGGUAAUAAAGAGAUUUAUUACCCAAAAUUAGUGUUUCCUCACUCGUCUCUCUCCUCGGUCUCGGCGCCCUCCUCCCUCCUCCCUCCUCCGUCUCUUUCACCAUUGCUGCAGCAACGCCAAACUACUGCUCAUUGCAAUUCAAUUAUCGGAUUUGUUUUUACCUCCGUUUCGUACAGUUGAGCGGGUGAAAAAAGCUGAUCACCAGUGAUGAGCUCUGAGAUUUAUGCGUAAAAAUGGGGGGCGCUGUUCCAGAGGUCGCCCUUCUCAGAUCUGACAUUUCCUUCGCUAUGAUUUCGCUUUCCUCACUGCAUUGAAGUUUGGACGGUCUAGUGUUCAACAUUUCCCAGGCCACAUUAAAGAGCUCCAGUUUUUGGAUUAUCUGCCUGGAUUGCCGUGGAGUUUUGUUGCUUGGCAGAGUAGAAGAUUGCUGGUCCACAGUCACGUGAAAUUGCUUACUGCAUUUUUCUAGCAGGCACGGAACCUCUAUCCAUUUCCUGGAGCUGAGGCGGAUUACGGUGGAGGAAUACUCUCUGGGCAGUGAAUGUGUGGAGGCCACAAGCAAUCACAAUUGUUGUUAGGGUUUUACUUCUGCUAUCCUCCGAUGUGUUUCCCUUGGAGGACUCGUUAUGACGUCCGGCAAGCCAUUAUUGUCAUCUUUUGAGCCUUCGUCUCAACCCCGCCCCCGUCAUUGGCGCCGACAUUCUACUUUGGGAAUUCUGAGCCACAGCCGGUCUUCAGUCUUUGACGAGGCACAGGAAAGUGAAUUCGAUUGGCUGAAGGAAGAUUUUGCCCCACUAGGAACUACUGCUUCCCAUCCUAAGAAAAAGCAGUUCUCUUCAGUUGAAGUUCACUCCCGUCCACCAUAUAUGCUGGAAUGCCCCCCACGGGAAAGGAAACGCCUUGUAUCGUGGGGUGGUGUAAUGGACCAUCGGAGUGAUAUUGCAACUUUUGAAAUCUCUGGUGAUCUGUCUCAGGUGGCUUCAUCUCGAGCAGCAUCCUCCCAGGUGACUUUAUCUCGUGUUGAAAAGCUAAACAGAUCACAGAGGCAUCUUCAAAAAAGUAUGCAGUUGGAAGAAAACAUGUUACAUGAAUCAAGGAUGAUCUAUAUUAAUGAUCCAAAGAAGACCAAUGAUGAGUUUGAAUUCACUGGAAAUGAGAUUCGAACUAGCAAGUAUACAAUACUUAAUUUUUUGCCUAAGAACCUUUUCAUUCAGUUCCACCGAGUUGCUUAUUUAUAUUUUCUAGCUAUUGCUGCUCUAAACCAGCUUCCACCGCUUGCAGUAUUUGGUAGAACUGUGUCUCUGUUUCCUCUUCUAUUUGUGCUAUCUGUGACAGCUAUAAAAGAUGGUUAUGAGGACUGGAGGAGACAUAGAUCAGAUCGAAAUGAGAAUAAUCGAGAGGCUCUAGUCCUUCAAUCUGGUGAAUUCCAAUUGAAAAGAUGGAAGAAGAUUUGUGUUGGUGAGGUUGUGAAGAUCCGUGCUGAUGAGACGAUUCCUUGUGACAUGGUGCUAUUAGGGACAAGUGAUAAUAGUGGAAUUGCUUAUAUACAGACAAUGAAUUUAGAUGGUGAAUCAAACUUGAAGACAAGGUAUGCUAGGCAAGAAACAACUUCAUUAGUUGAUGAGUGGGCAGAAGUAUCUGGGAUUAUAAGAUGUGAACAGCCUAACAGGAAUAUCUACGAGUUCACAGCAAACAUUGAGUUCAAAGGACAUCGGUUUUCCCUCAGCCAAUCAAAUAUUAUCUUGCGUGGAUGUCAGCUGAAGAACACAGAAUGGGUAAUUGGAGUGGUGGUUUAUGCUGGGCAAGAGACUAAAGCUAUGUUGAACAGUGCAGCAUCUCCAUCUAAAAGGAGCAGGCUGGAAACGUACAUGAAUCGGGAAACCAUUUGGCUAUCUAUUUUUCUUUUCAUCUUGUGCCUAGUUGUAGGAGUUGGCAUGGGUUUAUGGCUGAAGCGCUACAAGGAGCAGCUUGAUACUUUGCCAUAUUACCGGAGGUACUUUGAUAAUGGGAAAAUUGGAAAGAAAGUAUACAAGUACUAUGGGAUUCCCAUGGAAACCUUUUUCUCCUUUUUGAGUUCCAUCAUAGUCUUUCAGAUCAUGAUACCUAUCUCUCUCUAUAUCACUAUGGAGUUGGUAAGAUUGGGACAGUCGUAUUUCAUGAUCGGAGACGGGCAUAUGUACGACAGUAGUUCCAACUCUAGGUUUCAGUGUAGAUCCUUGAAUAUUAAUGAGGAUUUGGGUCAGAUACGGUAUGUUUUUUCAGAUAAAACCGGAACACUUACUGAAAAUAAGAUGGAAUUCAGAAGAGCAAGUAUAUGGGGAAAAAAUUAUGGAAAAUCCCCAUUGUCCACUAGCAAUCUUGGAGGUGAACCAGCAGCACAACCUUGUACUAGAAGAUGGAAGCUUAAGUCAGAAAUUGCCACUGAUUUUGAACUUAUGGAGUUGUUACGUAAUGGUCUAGCUGGGGAAGAAAGGAUUGCUGCACAUGAGUUCUUUCUGACAUUGUCUGCAUGCAAUACCGUGGUUCCUAUUCUUACUCAAAGUCCACCAUCAAGUAUCACUCAGGAUGAGUUUAGUGGCAUUCUAGGCACCAUUGAUUAUCAGGGUGAAUCACCAGAUGAACAAGCACUGGUUGCUGCAGCUUCUGCUUAUGGGUAUACACUUUUUGAGCGGACUUCUGGGCAUAUUUCAAUUGAUGUCAAUGAUCAUGGAUCAGUAUCCAUUUCACCAUGUCUACUCAAAUGUAGAUUGGAUGUGUUGGGACUGCAUGAGUUUGACAGUGUGCGCAAAAGAAUGUCUGUUGUUAUCAAAUUACCAAACAAUACUGUAAAGGUGUUGGUUAAAGGUGCUGAUACUUCAAUGUUGAGCAUUUUAAAGGAAGACGAUGAAAGAGAUGAUCGCAUUAGGCAUGCUACUCAUAAUCAUUUAAAUGAGUAUUCCUCUGAAGGUCUGCGAACCCUGGUAGUUGCUGCCAAGGAUCUGACUGGUGCAGAACUUGAGCAGUGGCAAUGCCUAUAUGAGGAUGCCAGCACUUCAUUGACUGACAGAUCUGCAAAAUUGCGACAAACAGCAAUGUUUAUUGAAAGCAACUUAACCCUAUUAGGGGCAACUGCUAUUGAGGAUAGGUUGCAAGAGGGUGUACCUGAAGCUAUUGAAUCUCUGCGACAAGCAGGAAUAAAGGUGUGGGUUCUUACUGGUGAUAAACAAGAAACUGCUAUUUCAAUUGGUCUUUCUUGCAAACUCCUAACCUCAGACAUGCAUAAGAUCAUAAUAAAUGGACACUCUGAAGAUGAGUGCAAAAUGCUGAUAUCUGAUGCUAAGGCUAAAUAUGGGUUGAAGAAUUUAAGCUCCAAUGAUCGGACACUGAGAUGGGAAAGUGACCCUGACAAUGGUUACUCUGAAGUUCUAGCUGAUGCAAAGUUGCCAAACUUACCUGAGGAGCUUGCAGGACAGGAAGGAGGACUUUCUGGCCUACCAUUAGCACUCAUAAUUGAUGGAAAUAGUCUGGUUUACAUUUUAGAGAAAGAUCUCGAGAGUGAGCUAUUCGAGCUCGCAACUUCAUGUAGAGUGGUGCUCUGCUGUCGUGUUGCACCUUUGCAAAAGGCUGGGAUUGUCGACCUAAUAAAAUGCCGCACUGAUGAUAUGACAUUGGCCAUAGGUGAUGGGGCUAAUGAUGUUUCAAUGAUCCAAAUGGCGGAUGUCGGUGUUGGAAUAUGUGGUCAGGAGGGUCGCCAAGCUGUGAUGGCAUCAGAUUUUGCUAUGGGACAAUUUCGCUUUCUGAAAAGAUUGCUUCUGGUGCACGGGCAUUGGAAUUAUCAGCGAAUUGGUUACUUGGUUCUGUAUAACUUCUACAGGAAUGCUGUUUUUGUGUUGAUGCUUUUCUGGUACAUUUUGUGUACAGCCUUUUCUACAACUUCUGCACUCACGGACUGGAGCAGUGUUUUUUAUUCUCUUAUUUAUACUUCAAUUCCUACUAUAGUUAUUGGUAUUUUGGAUAAGGAUUUAAGUGAUAGGACACUAUUGAAGUAUCCAAAGCUCUAUACCGCUGGCCAUAGGCAGGAGAGCUACAAUAUGUACCUCUUCUGGGCAACAAUGAUUGAUACACUGUGGCAGAGUCUUGUCCUAUUUUAUGUACCCUUAUUCACAUAUAAGGAGAGUACAAUUGAUAUUUGGAGUCUGGGUAGCUUGUGGACAAUUGCAGUGGUUAUCCUGGUCAACAUGCACUUGGCAAUGGAUGUUCAACGCUGGCUGAUAUUGACUCAUAUUGCAAUUUGGGGAUCAAUUGUUAUUACAUAUGGCUGCAUGGUGGUGGUGGACUCUAUAGUGAUCUUCCCUAAUUAUGGUACAAUAUACCAACUGGUUAAGUUGCCAACUUACUGGCUCACCAUUGUACUUAUAAUAGUUUUGGCGUUGCUUCCUCGCUUUAUUUUCAAGGCAAUACAUCGAACUUUCUGGCCUUCUGAUAUACAGAUAGCUAGUGAAGCAGAGAUAUUGAGGCCCGGUUCUCUGUGGUCCUAGACAGAUCAAUAUACCAGCUGAUGAUCAACUACACUUUGAUGGUUCUUGCUUGAGUUUAGCCAUCGUGGCUUUCCCAUGGCAUUCCACUGUAUAGUUUAUGUGAUGAUAUAUGUCAACUGAUCACUGCCAGCAGGUGAAACCUGCGAGGUAUUGUGGACAUGGACACGGUUAUGCAUGUUAGGGAAACCCGGGGCUGACUCAAAGCAGCAGUUGAUUAUUGGAGAUUAUAGCGAAGGUCUGGAUCACGAAUUCACGAUGGCCAAGGUUUAGAAGAAAACAUUGCUGGAUUUGGUCAAGCAUAUACAGGUUUUAGUCUCAACUGUUUCUUUAAUGUUUAAGUGAAGAGGAGUCAAGGAGAGAAAUUACACGAACAGUGUGCAUAUUAGUUUCUUGUGAAAAUCAGAUUUCAGAUUUUUACAUUGUUAACAAAUAGAAGUGUUCCACAACUGAUACGAGGUACAUUUCUUUUCCUUGGUUGUAACGAGCUCGAAUGAGCAGUAUAGUGUAACCACCACCAAAGACCAAAGAUGGUAAGGGUCAAAUUUCUAAAGAAGUCGACAGUUGGGAUUUUUUCA